AAUCUUGGAAGAGUCGUUGCCGCCGAGCGCCCGAGCGGUCAUCCGUCUGUUGGUUUUUCGAAAGCGUAAAGGAGUGGUACGAGUGGUAAGAAGGAACGCGUGAAUUGUCAGAGAAAUUGUAGGAAAAUGGGGGGCGAGGAAGGAUUGGGUGUGACUACCGGCCAGCCGAAUCUUUACAAGCAGGAUCUAUCGAAACUCGAUACUAGCAAAUUAACUCCCUUGUCGCGUGAAGUGAUCAGUAGGCAAGCUACAAUCAAUAUUGGCACCAUCGGGCACGUGGCACAUGGAAAAUCGACGAUAGUAAAAGCUAUUUCGGGAGUACAGACAGUUCGUUUCAAGAAUGAAUUAGAAAGAAACAUCACUAUCAAGCUUGACGCGGCGGAUGGUUGCAGUGGCGAAUUGGCAGAUAUAGCUGGUGGUGUAGAUAGCAGAACGCCGGCCGUUUGCAAAAAACGACAUCUCUCCCCUGCUGGAGGAUACGCGAACGCGAAGAUUUACGAGUGCGACAAUCCAAAGUGUCCUCGGCCUGGGCGCUACAUAUCCGGUGGAUCCAGUAAAGAUGAUUCGUUUCCCUGCCUGCGCCAGGUUUGUCCAGGAAGGUUUCAGUUGGUCCGCCACGUCUCCUUCGUCGAUUGUCCGGGACACGAUAUUCUUAUGGCAACUAUGCUGAACGGGGCGGCUGUUAUGGACGCAGCUCUGCUUCUAAUCGCUGGCAACGAAUCCUGUCCGCAACCUCAAACGUCGGAGCACUUGGCGGCUAUCGAAAUUAUGAAAUUGAAGCACAUCGUCAUUUUGCAAAACAAGAUCGACUUGGUGAAAGAAGCUCAAGCGAAGGAACAAUAUGAGCAGAUUCUCAAGUUUAUUCAAGGCACAGUGGCAGAAGGCGCGCCGAUAAUUCCAAUUUCGGCACAAUUAAAGUACAACAUCGAAGUACUGUGCGAGUACAUUACGAAAAAGAUUCCAGUACCGAUGCGAGAUUUUACAUCGGAGCCGCGGCUGAUCGUUAUCCGAUCCUUCGACGUGAACAAACCAGGUUGCGAAGUGGACGACUUGAAGGGCGGCGUCGCUGGUGGUAGUAUCCUACGGGGAGUAUUAAAGGUCGGCAUGGAGAUUGAAGUUCGUCCAGGAUUGGUAUCCAAGGAUAGCGAAGGAAAACUUACUUGUCGCCCGAUAUUCUCGCGCAUCGUAUCUCUGUUUGCCGAACAGAACGAAUUGCAGUUCGCUGUGCCGGGCGGUCUAAUCGGUGUCGGAACUAAGAUCGAGCCCACUCUGUGCCGUGCUGAUCGUUUGGUCGGUCAAAUUCUUGGUAGCGUCGGCGCGCUGCCCCAGAUAUUCAUUGAGCUGGAAAUCUCGUACUAUCUCUUGAAACGUUUGUUGGGUGUGAGAACCGAGGGCGAUAAAAAGGGCGCGAGAGUACCGAAGCUAUCGAGAGGAGAAGUGUUAUUAGUGAAUAUUGGGUCCUUGAGCACUGGUGGCAGAGUACUGGCUACUCGUGCCGACUUGGCCAAAAUAAGUCUGACGAAUCCCGUGUGCACGGAGAUCGACGAGAAGAUUGCACUAUCCAGACGCGUAGAGAAGCAUUGGCGUUUAAUCGGAUGGGGACAAAUUUGUGGUGGUCAGACGAUAGAUCCUAUUCUCGAUCGAAAGUAAUCAUGGCGAUCGAAAAUGAUUCUGGACGCUGAUUUUCUCAAAGGAUCAAAAUAUUUGUACAAUUUAUUGGCAAUGCCGCAGUUGGCCUCAUCGGUUGUUCGAAACAUUUCUAAUAAAUAUACGAUUUGAUCCUAAAGUAGUAUUUCAAUCUUUACAGCGAAUAAGUACGAAAAUAUUUGCCAAGUGUAUCGAAAGAUUCGAUAAAUGAAUUUAUUUUGUCAAACACUUAAAGGAAAUGUAGAUUAAUCACAAAAAUGUAAAUCAUUAAUUUAUUUUUACCGCAAUAUUGGGAACGUUAUUAUAAGUAAGAUUUGUCAUCUUACAAGUAGAUACCAGCAGCAACAAAAACAACAACUUUCUUCUUUUUCUUUUUACGUUAACAUGGUGAAACGUUUCUUAAUUUCUCUCCUCGAUAAAAAGUCUGUUUCUCGUUAUCAUAAUUCGUUACGAUACAUCGCUCCUUGGAUUUGAACACGCAUCGAUGUAUUUUAGAAUGAAUUUCAGUGAAUUUUCAUGUCGAGGAACAAAACUAAUAAAAAGUAUCAAUUUCGUGG